UGCAUAAAUUAUUUGUUCCAAGGCAUGUUUUUUUUUGUAUUGCAAGAAUCUUCAUGUUUUUAUUAACUUGAAUAAUUCAUCACUUAUUGUUUAUAAUGUCUGAAAAAAUUUCUUUUGUUUCGGAAUCGGUUAUUGAAGAACAACGUAAACAACGACAAGAAGAAUGGUCAAAAAAUCGUAAAGAAUCUGAUCCAAUUGAGGCCCCAGAACCAGAAUAUGAUCCACGAACCUUAUAUGAACGUUUACAAGAACAAAAACAAAAGAAACAAGAAGAAUUUGAAGAGUCAAGAAAAUUAAAAAAUCUGGUUAAAGGAUUGGAUAAUGAUGAAAUUGAAUUUCUUGCUAUUUGUGAUGAUAGUAAAGCUGAAUUAGAGAAUCAAAAAUAUCGCGAAGAAUUAUUGGCACUGGAAGAAUAUAAACGUGGUGUGGCACAUUUGAAUAGUGAAGAACAGGAACAUAAAUUAUCCGAAUAUAAACGUGAAUUAUACCAAAAUCUUAAGAAAAAAAUGGCCAAUCAAUCAAUGGCAAAAAAUGGCAAUCGCAAAAGUCAAGCAGAUUUACUAAUGGGUGCUAUUAAACGAAAAUCUAAAGAUGAACCAAUUGUGAAACGAAUGAAAACUGAAACAGGUUCGAAAACAACGACAACAAUCGAUGAGAAUCUAACAAAAAAUGAUUCACGAAUCAAAUUUGAUAAAUCGAAACCUACUAUUCAAUGUAUUGGACGAUUACCUGGUAUCGGAUGUUAUGAUGAUGAAAGUGAUAGCCUUGAAAGUGAUCGUGAAUCCAAUGAAUCCGAUGGUGAAGAUUUCAAUGCAUUUGGUCAUAAAUUGGCACAAUUAACCGAAGCAGCUGCAUCGGAAAUGCAGAAUAAAAAAUAAUUUUUUACUCGAAUUUCAUUUCUAAUUCAUGAAUUUUAUUUUAGUUUUUUUCUCAUCAUCAAAUUAUACUCUGUACAGAAUAAUAAAAUUCUAAUGUGAAUGGUCUUGGCCACCAGAAUUGCCAUAA